GUUGACAUUUGUGGUUAGUCAUAUUCAUACUUGUCUUUAUCUAUAGUCAUAUUUGUGUGUGUUUUCUGGGGCGUUUUGCAUUGGUAAUUUUCGGCUUUUUGAGCCCAAAAGUAUGUGUAUGAACUAAAAAGUGAUCAGAAUUAUUACAUUCAAAUUUACCACUAAAUUACGCGAGUGGUUUUCGUGUGGAACGGAAAAUUUGACCUAAUUUUGCUGCGGAUUGCUGUUUACACAUUAACUUCCUGUUUAUUUAAUCAAAAUUUCCGAGCAGGAACCGCCCGAAAUGCCCCCUGUGGAAGUGGAAAAUCACGGACUCGAGGAACAGAUCAGGAACUUGACCUUAGCAGGUCAUGUGGGCUUUGAUAGUCUUCCAGACCAGUUGGUAUCGAAAAGCGUCCAGAAUGGCUUCAUUUUCAACAUCAUGUGCAUAGGUGAGACUGGCUUAGGUAAGUCCACCCUGAUGGACUCUUUAUUUAAUACAAACUUCGAGUCCAAUCCCAGCCCUCACACUCUACCAACUGUGAAGCUGAAUGGGCACACUUAUGAGCUUCAAGAGAGCAACGUCAGACUAAAGUUGACUAUUGUGGACACUGUGGGUUAUGGAGACCAAAUAAACAAAGAGGACAGCUUUAAGGCCAUAGUAAAGUACAUCGACGACCAGUUUGAGAACUAUCUGCAAGAGGAACUGAAGAUUAAGAGGUCCUUGUCGUCUUUCCAUGACACCCGCAUCCACGUCUGCUUGUACUUCAUCUGCCCAACUGGGCACGGCUUGAAGUCGAUCGAUCUGGUAUGCAUGAAAAAGCUGGAUCAGAAAGUCAACAUCAUUCCUAUCAUCGCCAAAGCCGACACCAUCUCAAAGACCGAGCUGCAGAAGUUCAAGUCGAAAAUAAUGGCAGAACUGCAGAACAAUGGGGUUCACAUCUAUGAGUUUCCAGUUGAUGAUGAAACCGUAUCUGAGAUAAAUUCGUCAAUGAAUUCACACAUUCCAUUCGCUGUAAUUGGGAGCACUGAUUUUGUGAAAGUCGGCAGCAAACUGGUUAGAGCGAGACAGUAUCCAUGGGGGACCGUCCAAGUGGAAAACGAGACUCACUGCGACUUUGUAAAGCUGCGUGAGAUGCUGAUUAGGACCAACAUGGAAGAUAUGCGGGAGAAGACGCACAACAGGCACUACGAACUCUACAGGAAAAAACGAUUAGAACAAAUGGGGUUCUCCGACGUGGAUGCCAACAACAAACCAAUCAGCUUCCAGGAGACUUUUGAAGUGAAACGCACCAAUCACCUGCAGGAAUUGCAGCAAAAGGAGGACGAAAUGAGGCAGAUGUUCGUUGUGCGGGUAAAGGAAAAGGAGGCCGAGCUGAAGGAAGCCGAGAAAGAGUUGCAUGCCAAGUUCGACAAGCUGAAAAAAGACCACACGGAGGAAAAGAAGAAAAUCGAGGACUCCAGAAAAAAGCUGGAAGAUGAAGUGGUCGAGUUCAACAGGAGGAAGGCGCAGUACCAGCAAAUGGGGUCGAGCAGCCACCACACUCUCACCUUGGGCAAAAGUAAGAAGAAAUGAACCGGUAACUAAAGCGCUUGCUUCACUUUUUGUUUUAACCGCAUAUCGCACCGUUCUUUUCCUUUAAACUCUAGAUAUUUCGCCAAAAUACAUAUAUUUAAACGCACUACUGCACAGUGUGCUUUUAUUGUGUUAUUGUGUUACAAAUUGAGCAUCUGUGUAAUAUCGAGUAAACAUGCUCGUUUUAGCAAUUUUAAGCGAAAUCUACAUCCUUCAGUGAUUGUUUUAUUUUGAACAAAUAUGGGUUUUUGACCAUUUUUAUGCCGCCCCAGAAUGCGAGUUUAUAGAUUAUUGUCAACAAGUGACAGCAGCUAGAGUUUGUUGAAGCUGCUGAGUUCUAAGUUUAGUGCUUUUUUUACUUUUAUACAAAUAUUUUUUGUUGUGUAACUCAAAACUACGUUGAGAAUAAAUGUAGGUGGAACAGA